UCCCCGCCCCGCCCCGGCUGGAACAGCGCCGCACCGCUCCGUCCUGCCGCUCGCCCGAUCCCCACGCCAAAAUGCCGCUUAUCAGCGUCCCCAAAGAAGUGGCUGUCGGCACGGCGAUGCUGGGGGUCGCCUUUGCCACGGGUGUGCUCGCAGGUAAAAGAUACCCUUCUUUCAUUUUUGGGACCCCGAGUGGUAUGAUUAGGAAGAACAGUCCUCUCCGGCAGUACAUACUGGAUCACUCAUUGCGGGAACAUCCAAUUCUAAAGAAGCUGCGUCUGCUCACUGCUGAUCAUCCCUGGGGCAGAAUGAUGGUGUCCUGUGAGCAGGCUCAGCUUAUGGCAAAUUUGGUCAAACUCAUUAAAGCCAAGAAAGUUAUUGAAAUAGGUGUUUUCACAGGUUAUAAUGCCUUGAAUAUGGCACUUGUCCUGCCAGAUAAUGGCCGAGUUAUUGCCUGUGAUAUAAAUGAGGACUAUGCCAAAAUUGGAAGGCCACUGUGGAAGGAGGCAGGAGUAGAGCAUAAAAUUGACCUGCGGAUUAAGCCAGCAAUUCAAACGCUUGAUGAACUGUUGGCCAAUGGAGAAGCAGAAACCUUUGACUUUGCUUUCAUUGAUGCCGAUAAAGAAAACUACAAUGAGUACUAUGAAAAAUGCUUGCGCCUUAUAAAGAAAGGGGGAAUAAUAGCUAUUGAUAAUGUCUUUUGGAAUGGAAAGGUGCUAAAACCAAGGAAGGAUGACUUGGCAGCGCAGAGUAUCCACCACCUCAAUGAGAAGCUUCUCAGAGAUGCACGUGUUAAUAUCAGCAUGCUCCCAGUGGGGGAUGGAGUCACAUUAGCAUUCAAAUUGUAACUCAAGGAAGCCCAGCAGAUGGGGGAUAGCAAGCAGCAUCAAAUCAUCAGGAAAAAUGUAGGUGGAACAGCAUCAAAAAUUUAAUUUAAUCUAUAUCUCCACUGGAUAGCAUAGCCUGGGAAAGUAAACUUUAGGAACAGCAGGAUCCUAAAGGUAGCUAAGCAGAGAAGAGAGAUUUAUUGAGAUCUACUAUGGUUUCUUACUUUAAUUGUAAUAAAGGAAAUAAACUUACAUUAAAUUGUCCUUGUAAGACAGUGGUUGAAAAAAAUCCCCCUCUAUAGAUUGUCCAAAUGACUCAAUACAACAAAGUAAUUUUCUGUCCUAGAAGAACCUCUUGAGCUGUGGAAUAAUCAGUCAUCACCAUCAAAAGGAAAAGAAGUGCAGUUUACUAAUGUUUAUGGCCAUAAUAGAAAAAUGGAUUUUUAAUGAAAUGACAUCAAGGAGAUUGCUAGCCUUCUCAGACUGAAAAUAUUGUAAGUCAUUCCUUAUCUUUAAAGGGUACUACAGAACAAGCCUCAAAAAGGCAUCAUGUGAAAAAAACGUUAUUUUUAAAAGCUUACUAGAGGACAAAACAGUAUUUGCAAAUACAAUAACUAUUCUCUAAAACUUUUGUGCACAAGGACUGGAUUUCUUUAACCUAGGUAACAAUCCAGGUAGAUUUCUUUUUUUUUUAAGUCAGAGUGAGGAAAAGCAAACGGGCAAGAAGUAAACCAAAACAAUUCUCCCUCUUUCCUGUGUCCCUCCCCUUACUCCCUCAAAGAAGCAACUUGCUAGUUGCUUGUUUCCUAGAAAGUUGCAAGCACAGAGUAUUGGUGGCAAGCCUAUAGAAGGAUUAUGAUUGUAUGAGGAUGCAAUACAGCUGUUAACUGGCUGUUCAAAUUAUUACUGGAAGCAGAGAUUCCCUUCCCUGGGCAGCAGAUGGCAAAAUUUCAGGCUGCAAUUCUUUAUUACAGAUAAAAAUUGAUUAAGUAAGAAACUGAAAGUAGGAUUUUUCAGACAAAAGCUUCACUGGUAACUGUUUUGGGGAACUGGUAACACUGGAAGUAUAUGUAUAGAGGAAAGAGAUCUUCAGUUUUGUUGAUGACCUGAAGGAAAGCUGUUACCAGAGCUAAGAGAAUCCUUUGUCCAUUUGCUUAAACAAUGCACUUGAAUGACUCGAGCCACUGGGGGACAAAGGUUUCAAGUCUCACAAUGUUUAAAACUGUCUGCUUGGCUCGUACUUUUGAAAUUUCAGCUGGGUGGCUUGGGUUCUGGUAAGGGGCAGAAGUUCAGAGCAGAAGUUCAGGCUCUUUCCUGUCACAGACACUGACACAGACACUGCAGUGUAGAGAAAUGAAGAAAGGAAGCAUUGCCUGAUGGCUUCGGAGUAGGGUUAUGACUGAGGAGAUCUCAAUUCUAUUUCUGUCACUUCCACUUAAAACACUGAUUCAGCAAAGCAUAUCAGGAUGUGCUUAAGUACUUUGCUGAAUUGAGGACUGACUGCUAAAUCCAAGUCUGGGAGAAGGCCAGGACAAGAUGUGUGUUGCCCUUAAAUGAGAAUCUACAUAGGGCAUAAAGUUUGCUCAAUUUUUCUGAGUACAGAUUUACCCUCAGAGCUUCAAACCUCUGCACUCCUCAAAUUUCUUCUCUGCAUAAAAGAAAUAACACCUUAUUAAAUUCUUAGUGACUUAUAACAGCUUUCAGAUGGAGUGGCUAAGGGAGUGUACAGGAUUAUUACACAUUUGCAUGCAGAGCUUCUGGCCGUGUUCUACUUUACAAUUUUACUUUGUCAGUAGAUACCAAAAGAAUCCCAAGGGUUAAAAACAUUAAAUGGGACACUUUAACAGCAGGGGCAUCUUCUCAAAUAUUCCUGCAUUCAGAGGCUAGAGGCUGAUGAACAUGAGCAAGACAGAAGCUGUUAAGAAUACUUACCCUGCCCUAAAAGUACCAUGAUGGCCUUUCCCAAACAUGGAGAAGCUGUUGGAAAAUCAGCCACAGACUCUGCAACUCUUUUACAAUUUUCCAAGUUGCAAGAACCCUAUCAAUGAAGGUGAGCCAAAAAUGGGCAAGCAUCAUGAGUAUUUUUGCAAGAAACUGUCAAGUAAGAGUUUAGCAACAUUUAAAACCAGAUGCAAGCACUCAUAGUUGAUGAAAUCAAAAACAACUAUUCUUUCUGUAGUGGGUACUGGCAAAGUCCCCAUUACUUAUGCUAGAGGAGAAUCUAUCAAGUGCCUGAGGCUGAAGCCAUGUGCAGCAGCUAGCUAGCAUUUUGCCUUUGCUUUGGACUCUGUUCCAUUUUAAAUAUGCAGAUCAUAAUGUGAGUAUUUCAUCAAACCUGUCUCCAUCCUGAUCACCUAAUUACCAUUAGAAAGAAUAGCAAUGUGUCCCUAAACUAUAGAUUGAUGAGCCAUCUGUAAGCGGAAACAAAGAGCAGAAGGAAGCUUAAUUGAAUCAAAUAUUUAGAAUGCAUUACUCUAUCUUGUAGUUACUCAGAAACUGGCCUUCUCUUCAGGCUUCUGUCCUGCACAUCUGGAAUUUAUCACCACUAACUGCAUUUAAUCCUUCAACCUUACCAUGAAGUGACUGCUGAUAAUAUAUAAUUAUGGUUCAAUUCACGUGAUGAAUCAGCAAUGGGGAAUUUGUGGGGGCAGUGGGAAUUCAGACUUCCAUUAGCUGAUGAGAAUGGACCACCCAAUAUCACAAUGCAAUUCUUUGUCUCUUUCUAAUGGAGAUGCCACGUCUGGAAGCUCGUGGCUCUGCUGUGUCUGCUCACCUCUCUCAGGUAAUACACCUGCCUGAGCUACUGCUCACGCUAUAGAGGCUCAGGAUUUUCUGCCAAUGGAGAGGAGCUGACCCAGGGGCACAGCUGUUGCCCAAACCUUCCCAGACAGCUGUCCCUGCAACCCGACAUUUCUUCUGCUUGCAGGGGGGGACCCCAGAGGGGCCAACACAAGUGACAAAUGUACAGCUGGGACUUGCUCAGAAGCAAAUGGGGCUGAAGGAUGGGUCAUGAAACAAAAAACAAUAACAACAACAACAAAAUAAUUCCCCCUAAUGUGGUAACUUCCAGAAGCCACCAUGAGAAUAAAAGCAUGUAAUCCUAACUGCUGGUUAGGUAUCUGAGUCUCUGUUCCAAAGAUAUCACAUUCAAAAUGUGGUAUGUAUGGUAUGAUAUUUACAUGGGUGACAGGGAAGGGAACAGAAGACUUUUAAAGAGUAAGCUUUGCAUCUCUACUAGCUAAUUAAAUGAUCAUGACUGAGACUGGAUGCUGAGAAAUCUAGAGAGAAGGCUGCCCCCAAAAAAACAGCUUAUUGUCCAAGGAUAGACACAGGGCUCAAGGCUCAGUUCUGCAUUUUCGAUGCUGCAGCUUUUAAUCCCACUGGAAGACGGGGGUGGGGGGUGAAGCAGGGAGUAUCCUCAGUCUCUCAUGUUACUAAAGAAAGUAAUGGCCUAAAGAAAAACCGGGCUACUGAGUGUUACAUGACUUAUAGGCAUUUGUUGAACCUCUGACACCACUGUCACUCUUUCUUUUAACAAACUCAAGUGUUUUUAAUAUAUUUUAAUUCAGUCACCUUGCACACAGACAGCCCUUUCUGUGAAUUGCUACUCAUGGAAGACAACUGGCAAACUUGUGACAAAGCCCUUAGGAUACAGGGAAAGGAACAUGAAUACAAACUUCAUCUCAACCCUUCCUUUGAGGCAUGAGCAGUUCUCAGAAAACUUUGCAGCUCAGACCUGAGGGAUAUGCCAUAUCUCAAGCACUUUAGUCUUGAUACUGGAGUGGUAACAGCAGCAAGUGCCAUAACUGGCUCGUUUUUGAUGAUGUAGUAGCAUGCAGUUGGCUGCAUCUCUGCUUAUGUUCUGUUUACCACUUGAAGAAACCAAUCCUAAAUGGUCACAAUGGGAGUAUAAAAGCUAAGAGAUCAGUACUGUUUAAAGAGAUUUUUCUCCUUGUGUGCUGGGUUGGGCUGAAGGAGAGUUAAUUUUUUCACAGCAGCUAGUACAGGGCUAUGUUUUGGGUUUGUGCUGGAAACAGUGUAGAUGUUCCCCUCACUCUACUGUACCAAGGAACAGGCUGGGGAUGCAUGAAAAAUUGGGAGAAGGGAGAGCCAGGCCAUCUGACCCAGACUGACCAAAGGGAUAUGACAUGGCAUCAUGCUCAGCAUAUAAAAUGGGAGGAAGAAGGAGGAAAGGGAGACAUUCAGAGUGAUGGUGUUUGUCUUCCCAAGUUAUAUAUGAUGGAGCCCUGCUUUCCUGGGGAUGACUUUCCUGCCUGCAGAUGGGAAGUGGUAAAUAAAUUCCUUGUUUUUACAGCUUCUGCUUUGUUUAUUAAACUAUCUUUAUCUCA